UCGUAGGAGUUGGUGCUUGAAAAGGUUGAAGAGUUUGUGUGUAGACUCUGGAAGUUUAAAUCUGUUCAUGCUGGUUUGGUUGUUGGGAAGGUAUCUGCUACUGCUGCUGUUGAAUCGCUUUGUAUAUGGUUGUGCCGGGUUGCUCACUAGGCUUUCGACAUUGUUGGGGUCAUUUUUUUGAGGGCAUUUUGACGUUAUUGGUGGGACCUUUCUGUAUCCAUGCUGGCGGAGAGCAUGCGUGGAAUCUGUGCUUCGGGUAAUGCCCCUGACCAGACUCGUCACCGAGGCAUUCGGUGUGGUGACAAUCUCUCUAGUAAUUGUAUUGGUACUUUUCAGUGUUCUCUGCAUACUUUAUUCAGUUUACUUCCAAGCUCGGAUCAGAAGACAAGGCUUUGCUCCACUUCGAUAUUUUAAUGGACCAUGGAUCAUCCGAAUUGCGCUAAUCUUUUUUGCGAUUUGGUGGUGUUUUGGGGAAAUUGUGCGCUUGAGUUUCUUGAGACAGGGAAGACUGUUGCAUUUCCUUACCUUGAAGUGGCAGGAGAUUGCCUGCAAAUUUUACGUCCUAUCAAAUCUGGGGUUUUCAGAACCAUGCCUGCUUCUCACACUUAUAUUUCUCCUCCGUGCUUCCUUGCAGAGGAGGGGGUCAGGUACUUUAAGCCGGCGGUGGAAUGGAAAGACAGCCAGUUAUAUUCUUCUAUAUUGCAUUCCUUUGUUUGUACUUCAGCUCAUUAUCAUAUUAAUUGGGCCCAGUUUCAACAGUGGAAACUUUGCAAGGAAGAUGCCUCAUUCCUUCUUAACAGCAGUUGUGCACCAUGAUGAUGCUGCCCUUUGCACUUACCCUUUACUGAGUACAAUUGUCAUUGGGCUUUUUGCAAUUCUAGUAACUGUCUAUUUGCUGUGGCUUGGAAGGCGUAUGGCGCAUUCGGUGAUCAACAAGGGGUUGCGAAGGAGAGUUUAUUGGUUGAUAUUCUCUGUGACCAGCUUCCUCCCAGUAAGGGUUCUUUUGCUUGGUUUAUCUGUUCUGUCUCGGCCGGAGCAUGUUUUGUUUGAAGCUUUAGUCUUUCUAGCUUUUCUUGUUCUUUUAUCUUGUGCCGGGGUGGGUAUCACCAUGCUUGUCUACUGCCCGAUUGUGGAUUCCUUGGCCUUGAGGGUAAUUAGGGAUUUGGAAGACACAGGAAGGUCAGAUCUCAACAAUGAUACUGCUUCUCUAGUUGCUAACCAGAGCCUUCUUGAAAUGAGUUCAUCUACUAGUGUUGCGAGAAACUCGGAUGCUUCAACAAAGCGUGGGUCAAUCUCCUUCAGGACUAUGGUGAGGGAUGAUGCUUCAACAGAGGUCUUUGAGGAAUUGUCUCUCUUCUCGCCUGAUUCACAUCGGCUUGUGUCCUCUCCACCUGGCUCUCCACCACUUCCGGGCCGGCCCAUGCUCCACCCUUAAACAAGUCUCUGAACAAUAGGAAUCUAGAGGGUGGGCUUCUUCUUGUUAUAUCAGUUUUGUGGUAAUGAAAGGUUGUAUGUAAAGGGGUUGCUUUAACAAUUUAAUAAGGAUCUCUUGUUCAUAGGAAUUGGUAGCUGUAUUCUCAAAUUUUUGUUUUUAUGAGAGGAGCGGUUCUGCCUGCCUU